AUGGCGUGGCAAUGCCACGCCCUAAGUUUUCUAGUACAGUACCUAAAGUCAAAGAUUCCCGCAAUUGGAUCUGUUGGCGAGAAGUCGCGACAGCGAUCGAUCCCGCGGGCUUUUGUGUCCCUUAUAUACGACGGACGGUCCGUCCGUUGUCUGCUUCGUUUGGAGUCUCCGCCGCCGAUCUCCUCGCCGCGGGCGGACCUGAUCGAGAUCGACGAUGGCCGCUGGCGACGCCGGCGCCGGGCGUGCCCUCCGCUGGGGCUGGGGUUCGGCGGGGAGUACUACUCGGUGGUGGACGGCGUCUGCAGCCGCGACGGCAGCUUCUUUGGCGGGAAGCCGGUGCUGGCGCAGGCCGUCGGGUACGCCGUCGUCCUCGGCUUCGGCGCCUUCUUCGCGGUCUUCACCUCCUUCCUGGUGUGGCUAGAGAAGCGGUAUGUGGGAUCACAGCACACCUCGGAGUGGUUCAACACGGCUGGACGGAGUGUCAAGACCGGCCUCAUCGCCAGCGUCAUCGUCUCCCAGUGGACAUGGGCGGCAACAAUCCUGCAGAGCUCGAACGUGGCGUGGCAGUACGGCGUGAGCGGCCCUUUCUGGUACGCUAGCGGCGCCACCAUCCAGGUGCUCCUGUUCGGAGUCAUGGCCAUCGAGAUCAAGCGCAAAGCGCCCAAUGCGCACACCGUCUGCGAGAUUGUUCGCGCGCGGUGGGGCGGAGCGGCGCACGCUGUGUUCCUGGUGUUCUGCCUCAUGACCAACGUCAUCGUCACGGCCAUGCUGCUGCUCGGCGGCUCCGCCGUGGCGAACGCGCUUACGGGCAUCAACGUCUACGCUGCCAGCUUCCUCAUCCCGCUCGGCGUCGUCGUGUACACGCUCGCGGGCGGGCUCAAGGCCACGUUCCUCGCCAGCUACAUCCACUCCGUCGUCGUGCACGUCGUGCUCGUCGUCUUCGUCUUCCUCGUCUACACCUCCAGCCACCGGCUCGGCAGCCCCCGGGUGGUGCACCACCACCUCACCGCCGUGGCUAGCGCGGCGCGGGACUGCUCCGCCCCGCUCUCGCACUCGGACCAGGCAUGCGGCCCCGUGCACGGCAACUUCAAGGGCUCCUACCUCACCAUGCUCAGCUCCGGAGGCCUCGUCUUCGGCAUCAUCAACAUCGUCGGCAAUUUUGGCACCGUCUUCGUCGACAACGGCUACUGGAUGAGCGCGAUCGCUGCCCGUCCGUCGUCUACGCACAAGGGGUACCUGCUGGGUGGGCUGGUAUGGUUCGCGGUGCCCUUCUCGCUGGCCACCUCGCUGGGUCUCGGCGCGCUCGCCCUGGACCUCCCCAUCACGGCAGCCGAGGCGGCCAAGGGGCUCGUCCCGCCCGCCACUGCCACCGCGCUCAUGGGCAAGUCCGGCUCCGUCCUGCUCCUCACCAUGCUCUUCAUGGCUGUAACAUCGGCCGGCUCGGCCGAGCUGGUGGCCGUCUCCUCCCUCUGCACCUACGACAUCUACAGGACGUACAUCAACCCGGACGCCUCAGGUGAGCAGAUCCUCCGCGUGUCCAGGGCCGUCAUCCUCGCCUUCGGUUGCCUCAUGGGUGUCCUGGCCGUCAUCCUCAAUCUCGUGGGCGUCUCCCUCGGAUGGAUGUACCUGGCCAUGGGCGUCAUCAUCGGCUCCGCCGUCAUCCCCAUCGCGCUGUUGCUGCUGUGGAGAAAGGCCAAUGCCUUAGGUGCCAUCCUCGGCGCCGUCACCGGCUGCGUCCUCGGCGUCACCGUCUGGCUCUCGGUCGCCAAGGUGCAGUACGGGCGCGUGGACCUGGACAGCACCGGCCGGAACGCGCCGAUGCUGGCGGGGAACCUGGUGUCCAUCCUGGUGGGCGGGGCGGUGCACGCGGCCUGCAGCCUGGCGUGGCCGCAGCACUACGACUGGGAGAGCAGCCGGCAGAUCACCACGGUGGAGAGCGUCGCCGCCGACAGCGACCUGGCGGAGGAGCUCAAGGAGGAGCGGCUGGUGCACGCGAAGCGGUGGAUCAUCAAGUGGGGCGUGGCGUUCACGGCCGUGAUCGCGGUGGUGUGGCCCGUGCUGUCGCUGCCGGCGGGGAGGUACAGCGCCGGCUACUUCACGCUGUGGGCUGUCAUCGCGAUUGCGUGGGGCACGGUCGGGUCGGCGGUGAUCAUCUUCCUGCCGCUGGUGGAGAGUUGGGACACUAUCUGCAAGGUGUGCGAGGGCAUGUUCACCAACGACGCUGUCUACGAGCGCCUCGACGAAAUGAACCUGCGCCUCAAGGCCAUCAUGGCGGACAUGCCCGAGGCGGAGGAGCGUUACCAGGAGAUGCAGAAGGAGAAGGGCCUUGUCGCCAUGGAGAUGCAUCCUACAUCCGGUACCCGCCCGUCCAUGGUCGCCAAUGACGAUGGAGAUGAUCUUUCGCGGGCUUAA